GAAAUCAUCUAAUUGUUAGAUGCAACAAUGUUUGUUUAAACAUUAUCUCAAGGAAAUACAGUAAUUGUUCGAGUUUCUCGAAUUAGUAUGUUUUUAAUUAAGGUGGGGACAUUUUUGGGUAACUCCAGCUCAGAUCAGAUACUCGACUAACUGUAGCUUUCUAGGUACCAUAAAUGAAACCUUCAACGUUCCUUCAAUGGUAUUUUGAAGUAGAAACAACGCAAACAACAAUUUCGACUAUAUAUCGUGUUAUGAUAAGUAUUUUUAAAAAAUUUACAAGGCGAAGUAUGACGUUAUUCGAUUGGGAUAGUAUUUAAGUAGAUAACAUUAGGACUCUAAUUAGUCCGAGCAACUUUCACCUGUAAUAGUGUGAUGUUUUGUCACAUUCCGUUAUUAUUUAAUGGUAACUAAUUGGUAAAAACGUUAAUAAGUUCUGGUGACUGGCUGGGUUUGUACUGGACAAUGAAGGCGAUUUUUGAAAUAGUUAUCCUCGCUCUAUUCUUCGCCCAUCCUGUCUAUCCGCAGGGGGAUGAAGUCGAUUAUUACGAAAAUCUCAUCAUUCAAAACACUGUACAAACAAGUACAUAUCAAAGACCAGAAUUUUGUUCCGAGUUCAACGUCAGAAAUACCGAUGAAGCACCCGUUGCCAUCGGGAGUUACGAUUUCGUGGUUGUUGGUGGAGGAUUGGCGGGCAGUGUGAUCGCUGGUAGACUGACAGAGAGACCGGAUGUGUCCGUCCUGGUUCUAGAAGCCGGCAAAAGAGAAAACGAUUACGUCGAUAUCCCUGCUAUGGACGGGUUUCUCAAGAAUUCCGAGUACAAUUGGGGAUUCAGGACGGUUCCCCAGAAAGUUGCUUGCAGAGAUCAACCAGGAUUCCGCUGUGACUACCCACGAGGUAAAAUCUAUGGUGGUUCCACUGGCAUAAACGGUCUGGCAAAUAUCCGUGGAAACUGGCGAGACUACGACAAAUGGGCCGCAAUGGGCAACAAGGGAUGGUCCUUCGACGACGUUCUCCCCUACUUCAAAAAAUACGAAAACGCGUCCUCUCUUGUUGGUAUCGACGCGGAAUACCACGGAUUUUCAGGACCAGUCACCCUCGAAAACUACAAAACCCCAUCCAAUAUCACUAAAACCUUCAUGGAAGCGAUGGGUUUAUUCGGCUACCCGAUCACAGACUACAAUGCCAAAAAUCUUUUUGGUAUUAAUUACAAUCAAUUCACUCAGAGAAACGGCAGAAGAUUGACGAGCGCAGCGGCGUACCUGUUCCCCAACGAAGACAGGAAGAACCUGAAGGUAAAAACGGAAUGUUACGUCACGCAUAUUUUGAUGGACCAACGCGGAAAAAGAACGAACGGGGUCGAGUUCAUACACAACAACAGAAAAUACAUCGUCACAGCAACCAAAGAGGUAAUCAUGGCCGCCGGUUCCAUCCAAACUCCACAGAUCAUGAUGCUUUCGGGCCUUGGGCCGAAAGAACAACUGGACAAAUUCAGUAUUCCCGUUCUAAAGAAUCUGCCCGUUGGAAAGAACAUGUUGGACCAGUUUUACGUUCAAAGGGCCAUGAACGUCACCACGAACUAUACAGAGGAGAAGAGAACCAUAAGAAGCGACGUGGUCCAAUAUCUGCAAGGUUUUGGUAGACUGACCAUCAACGUUGGAAACAUUGAAGCGAUCGGAUUCAUUGAACACAAGAGAUAUCCUGUAACUGAAAUCAAUGUGAUUCCAACGUCAGCGGUCUAUGCCGUGGAAAACAAGGAAGUGAGGAUCACAGGGGGUAAAUACGCUGUUGCUCAAGCUGGAGGAAUUCUUCUUCAUGCAAAAUCAGUUGGACAGGUGACCCUGCAAUCAGCAGAUCCUUUGGACUUCCCCCUGAUCGAUCCCAAUUAUCUCACUGAAGAAGACGACAUGAAUGCUCUUGUAGAAACGCUAGAUUUUCUGGUGGAUGUCUACGAAUCCGGUCCAUUACAAAAAUAUAACACCACAGUCGUUCCAGAGAGUACCUAUUGUAAAGAUUACGAGUUUAGAAGUUUUGAUUAUUGGAAAUGCGUUAUCCAACACUACGGUACGACCAUUUAUCAUCCCGUGGCCACGUGCAAAAUGGGUCAAAGUCACGAAACGUCAGUCGUAAACGAUAAACUGCUAGUUCACGGUACGGAAAACUUGAGGAUAGUGGACGCCAGCGUCAUACCGUCUUCAAUUUCUGGUCAUUUGAUGCCUGCAGUUUAUAUGGUAGCCGAAAAAGCUGCCGACAUUAUAAAGCAUCGCUAUAGGAAAACUAAAUCUUUUGACUGCACAACCCAUUAGUCUGAUUGUUUAAGUUAAUUGUUAGUUAGUAUUAGUAGAUUAUGUUUAUUUUUUCAUAAUUAUUUAACGCACUCUUGUAGGGGUAAUAAAUUAUAAUUUUUAUUAA